UCCCCGUUGCAUAGAAACGAAAACCGUCGGAGAUGAAACAACCACAAACUUUUAAUAUCCUGAUACCCAGAUGAAUACAUGGAACCAACAGACUUUUCCUUGUGAUUGAGAAACAUAAUUAACACAAGACAGUCAGCGACAUUAGGAUAAGUACUUCUGGUUAAAUGCUAUCAACGCUAAUUCAGUUAGCGGCGCUAACGUUAGCCUCCUUCAGUGCUCAGGGUGAAAUGUGGAAGUAACGGUACAGUAAUGAUACUUUAACAAGACAAAUGUAAUUAUUGAUCGUCUCUGUGAUAUACUCAGCUUCAGCUAGCAUGAGUUUUGUCGAUGUCAGGACCGAGAACCCGGUGAAAUGAGCGAUAUCUAGCCGAACCACACGAUGUGAAUCUCGGCUAACUGACGGAAAGCUAGCUAAGACUCAUUCUCAUUGUCAGUAGCCACCGUAUACUAGCUCCUAUUGGAGCUCAGGUUGUUUGUUAGGUGUUUAUUAAUUCAGACAGGCAAGUGUUGACUAAUACAAUCGUCCCAGGCAAAGCAUAGAAAGUUUAAUAAAGUACUAAAAUGGCUGGCGACAUUGGCAGCAUCCCUGAACUGGACCAGAAGAAGUACGACUCAGAGGAACAAGUUAAGAUCAUCUGUCUGGGGGACAGUGCUGUGGGUAAAUCUAAGCUGAUGGAGAGGUUUCUCCUGGACGAGUAUCGGCCGCAGCAGUUGUCAACCUAUGCACUGACUCUCUACAAACACACAGCCACUGUAGGAAACAAGACAGUAGUGGUCGAUUUCUGGGACACAGCUGGUCAGGAGAGAUUUCAGAGCAUGCAUCCUUCGUACUACCACAAAGCACAUGCAUGCAUCAUGGUUUUUGAUGUUCAAAGGAAGAUCACAUAUAAGAAUCUGGCCAACUGGUAUAAGGAGCUGAGAGAGUACAGACCUGAGAUACCCUGCUGUGUGGUUGCCAACAAAAUUGAUGCUGACUUGAAGGUGACACAGAGAAGCUUUAACUUUGGGAAGAAGCAAGGACUCCCAUUUUACUUUGUAUCAGCAGCUGAUGGGACCAAUGUAGUUAAGAUGUUCAGAGAGAUGAUCAAGAGAGCAGUGGACUACAAGCAAAACCCCAGCGACUUCAUGGAUGAAGUGAUGCAAGAAUUAGAGAACUUUGACCUGGAGAAGAAGGAAGAUAACUCAGAAGCAGAGGAGGACGGACUGAAAGCAGAGAGUCCCGAGCUGGUCUGACAGAUGUUUACACAUCCUUCAAACCCUGUUCUCAUCUCAUGGAUAAGUUAUCCUCCUCUGGGGUUGCAGCUCAACAGGCACAAUAUUUGUCACUAUGUUGGUCUGCUUUUAUACCAGUGGUUUCUAACUCAGCCACGUGAGGUUGGCAGACAGUCUUGUAGUCACGUUUUAAGUCACUGCCCUCAUGUGACAUCUGCAGGGAAAUAAACCUGGUGGAAUAAUUAGGAAUUGUGUUAAUAUUGUGUCAUUUAGCUGCUGUGUUAGGCUUGUCAUUAAUACUUUGUCUAAAAACAUCUACUAUAAUAAUAGUAGAAAAUCCUACAAUGAGGCUGAAUGUGUUUUCAUUUUGUAAUAAGAAUGUGAAGCAUUGAAAAACGAACUCGCACAGCAAAGAGAACGUGUGACUAUGAACUGUAUUUGCUGCUGUUCUCGAUGUUUGUGUGUAGUGUUGUGUGCAGUGCCAGCGGGGGAGCUGCUGCUGUUGGCUGCUUUUGUUGCAUUUAUUUUAUGAUGUAAAGUCUGUUUCAGCACACUUUAAAUGAAAACUUAAUGUACCAUGUAACCAAAUUAUUAUCAUGUCUCUCUUUGCCACUUGCUGUGAUUGAGCAACAGGCACAAGAGCACCCAGUACUCAACUCAGCAUAUUGUACAACUGCCAGUCAUACAUGAGUAGACAUCAGCUGUAUUGAACUCUUGUGAAGAUCUCAGCCUUGUGAAAUGUUCAGCCAGCUAUGUCCCUCAUGAUGGAUGUGAGGUGGCUGUGUGUGUGUUCAUAUUAGCAGGAAUGGUGCCAUGAAGAACAUUAAAUCAGUUUCCUGGCAGAAAGUGAA